UAUUUCCACAGUAACAUACUGCGAAUUGUAGACGAUCUUUGAGUGACUGCGGCCGUCGGCUCCGUCGACGUCUGUCAGGUCUCGGCGUUACGUCGCAGCGGUGGGAAGUCCUGCGAGGCUCCGGCGACCAGACGGCCAGCGGUGAUGGGCGACCGUCUCUCCCGGCGACGCCGCUCGCCAUGACGGCGUCCGACACUUCCACGGCAUAAGGCGACUCUCGCUCGGCGGAUUACGCGAUGUGACUGCGGCACCGGGACUCCGACGCUCGCCGCUAGCUUAGCCGCUAGCUUAGCCGUUAGCUUAGCCGUUAGCUUAGUUAGCGCGCAGCCUCCCAGCUGCGGCCGGCUAGCAGCGCAGCUGAUCGGCUGCAGCGGCGCAGGGCACCCCGGCGACGGCAUGACGAGGCCUUAAUGUCACAUCUGCUACGGCGUGUUCAGGCAUCACAUACAGACAUGGCGUCGCAGCUCCAGGUGUUCUCCUCUCCCUCUGUGUCCUCCAGUGCCUACUCUCGUUCAAAGAGGCUCAAAGUGGAGAACCCUGCCUGGGAUGUGUCCAGCCAGCUGGGGGAAAGUUACUACCAGCAGAGCCCCACCCAGGGGGCUGCCCCCUCGACGUCGGGCUCCAGCUUCAACCCAGUGUACAACGCCAGCCAGAUGCACCCACCGGCUGCAGGUUCCAGAGAGCACACCGUGGUCCGGGCAGCGGACAGCACAGGCAGCCUUCAUGGACCUCCUUCAUCCGCUUCCUCCUCCUCGUCCUCCAGCCGACGCGUCAAGGAUGCCGAAUCCUCCUCCCAGACCUGUGACAUCUACAACAAGCAGUACAGCCUGAAGCGGAAGAGCGAGGAGGUGGACAGCAGCGACAGUGUCCAGAUCCUGGAGGAGCUCUCGGCCCCCGUGGUCUCGAACCGCACCGGUGCCGGAGGGGGAACCACCACGGCGCAGUCCAUAGCACAUUCCACGUCGACCACAAAGAGCAGCAACUCCCACAGUGAGGGUGACUACCAGCUGGUGCAGCAUGAGAUUCUGUGCUCAAUGUCCAACAGCUAUGAGGUACUUGAGUUUUUAGGACGCGGCACCUUCGGCCAGGUGGCAAAAUGCUGGAAGCGGGGGACAAACGAGAUAGUGGCAAUUAAGAUCUUGAAGAACCACCCUUCUUAUGCUCGGCAAGGUCAGAUAGAAGUGAGCAUUCUUAGCCGUCUGAGCACAGAGAAUGCCGACGAGUUCAACUUCGUCCGCUCGUACGAGUGUUUCCAGCACAAGAACCACACGUGCCUUGUGUUCGAGAUGCUGGAGCAGAACCUCUAUGACUUCCUGAAGCACAGCAAGUUCAGUCCUCUGCUGCUCAAGUGCAUUCGGCCGAUUCUGCAGCAGGUGGCGACGGCGCUGAUGAAGCUGAAAAGCCUGGGGCUGAUCCACGCCGACCUCAAGCCUGAGAACAUUAUGCUGGUGGACCCCCUGAGGCAGCCCUACAGGGUUAAAGUGAUCGAUUUUGGCUCUGCCAGCCAUGUAUCCAAAGCAGUUUGCUCCACCUACCUACAGUCACGAUACUACAGAGCUCCAGAGAUCAUUCUGGGUCUUCCUUUCUGUGAAGCCAUCGACAUGUGGUCACUGGGAUGUGUCAUUGCUGAGCUGUUUUUAGGAUGGCCUCUCUAUCCUGGUGCCUCAGAGUAUGAUCAGAUUCGUUACAUCUCUCAGACCCAGGGCCUGCCAGCUGAGUACCUGCUGAGUGCGGGAACCAAGACCAGCCGCUUCUUCAACCGAGGCCCCGACUCCAGCUAUCCCCUCUGGAGACUGAAGACGCCCGCAGAGCACGAGGCCGAGAUGGGGAUCAAGUCAAAGGAGGCAAGAAAGUAUAUCUUCAACUGCCUUGACGACAUGAUGCAGGUCAACAUGAUAAACCUGGAGGGGACGGACAUCUUGGCAGAGAAGGCCGACAGACGGGAAUUCAUCGACCUGCUGAAGAAGAUGCUGACCCUCGACGCAGACAAGCGGAUAACGCCCAUGAAGACGCUGAACCACCCCUUUGUUACCAUGACGCACCUGCUGCACUUCCCUCACAGCUCCCACGUCAAGUCCUGCUUCCAGAACAUGGAUAUAUGCAAACGCAGGUGCAGCGCCUUCGAGAGUGGAAAGAAUAUGUUCGCCAGCAACAGUGGCCCAAGCGCCGCCACCAACCUCACCGUAACCUUCAGUAGCCAGUUAAACCAGCAUAAUCAGAUGGCCUCGGCGGGCGGCCAGUCCCUGUCUCUCAGCAGCAACGUCCCGCUGUUGAACUACCAGCCUGGCCUCUACCAGCAGGCCACCAUCAACAUCCCGGGCCUGACCCAGCAGGGGGUGCCCCUGCAGACCAGGCCCACCCAGCUUUGUGCCCAGGCGGAGCCCUUCCAACAAACACUCAUAGUUUGCCCGCCCACCAUACAGGGUCUUCAAACUUCCAAUAAACCCUCGGGUUAUCCAGUGAGAAUGGAAAACUCUGUACCUUUAGUUCCUCAGAACCAUUCAUCCCAGUCUCUUCACAUCCAGCCUGGAAUGCUGGCACAGGGUUGGCCAGCAGGCACACAGCAGAUCCUCAUCCCCUCCACCUGGCAGCAGAUGCCAGGUGUGGCCAUCCAUAACCCUGGCCAGGCCGUAGUGCCCAACUCACCCAUGGGAGCGUCUACCUCCGACAGUCAACAUGCCUCUGGCUGGAGGGGCCGACAUGGAGGUCAGUAUGAUGGCGUCAGCCUGCAGGACUCUGGCGUGGGCCAUCACACUGCGUCUCAAAACCACACCUCAGGGGCCACGCACGCAAGGUCCCAACAGGGCAAGAGGUCCAAGACUCGACAUGUUGAGAACCGAGCCAGGCCUGUGUCGUCCGUGCAUUCCGCCACCUCUGUGCUGCACAACACUUCCACAUCAGCUGGUGACCAGUCCCAGCCCAUCGUCAUCUCUGACACACCGAGUCCUGCCGUCAGCAUCAUCACCAUCCACAGCGACUCAGAGGACGAGAAUGACAGGAAGUUCCCCGCUGCCUGCUCUGGGACAAGCCAGAGGACCAAUGUGAUAAGCUGCGUGACGGUACAUGACUCCCACGACUCUGACUCAUCCACCAGCAGCCCCCUCAGCCCCAAGGCCAGCUCCCAGCCGAGCAAGUCUUUGGCCGUCGUCAUGCCCUCUGUGAAGAGCCAGCCUGGAGAGAGCACAACACACAAAGCUCCAGCAGCUCCAGAUCAAGCCACAGUUGUCUCUGGAAAGUCCAGGAAAGCGGCCGCUCAGCAGUCCAGUCGCCCUGCGGAUUCCAACACUGAUCGCCACCAACGGGCUGCAUCCAGCAGAUCUCAGCCCCUCAACCUGAGUCAGGUACAGCAGUCUGUAAUGUCGUCAUCCCAUGACCAAACAGGAAGCACUGGUUCCCUGAGGCGACAGCCCACAUACCCUCCCGUGUCCUCCCACUCAUCGUACCGGCUUCACGAGAACACCCUGUUCAGCUCCACCCCCAACCUCUAUGCCUACCCGGCGUCCGCUGCCCUGGCCUCCGUCUCUCAAGCCGUGGACCAGAUGCAGGGAAGCUCGUCCCACAGCGGCAGAGCGACCGGGGCUUACUGCUCUCUGGCUCUGCUCCAGAAGAGCGGCGGCUUAAGCCUGGGAGGCUCUGCUGCAGGACAGUACGGCAACCCUCACCACCCACAGCAGCAGCAGCAGCAGCAGCAGCAGCAGCUGGGAGGGCAGCCUUUACACCGCUCUGGGGCUGCCUACCAGCGCAAACUCCAGUAUCCCUACCUGUAAGGACCGGGGUCCUGAUGGAGACGCUUAAGCAUGAAAACCAAAAGGAUGCUGAGACUAGAGAAGAGCACAAGCUCGACACAGUCGGCGAUGAUUGGACGUUUCAGUUGAACCCUUUAUCUUUUCUUAUUGGUUUUAAAACUUUCUCAUUAUUUUAAAGUAAAUAAUGUAAUAAUAUUUUAAUCAUCAUUUUGAAAAGCUAUUCGCACUCGGGGUUUAAGUUACACCGGUGUGUUAACAGUGUCCGGGUCUUGUUUCUGGCGCUACUAGAAAACCAAGGCCAGUGUGUUUUGGUUUAAUGCUGAGAAGAAUUGAGUUUAAGUUCAAGAGAAAAACACUGUCAUGAGAUGAAUGCUCAGCUUUAGGUUCAGGUUUAUUGCAUCAAUAUAAAUGAGCGCGAUGUUCAUGCUCCUAUUAUUAUCACUAUGCUGUUGUUAAAUUGAGUUGAGCCUUACUUAUUAAUUAAUUAACUAAUUAAACCAACUUCUGUUGUCUUUUUAGGUUCUGUGGGUGUGAGUUUUGUGUCCUACAAGAACAAAUGUAAGCUGUACUGUAUAAUGGUGUUUCACUGUGUUCUUCCCAUGUUUUCCAUUCUGUUUCAGUAUCGACCAUCCACUCGAUUCUAUUUAAACGUUUACUGUUGAAUGAGGCCUGUUCUGUCGGUGUAGUCUAGCGUGUUUUAUACAGUUAAGGCUGCAUGUGUUUAAGAUGGAGUACAUGUAGCAUUCAGGCUAGCUCCGCGAACUGCAGCUGCUGUGGUGUUCACCAGACUGGAGCCUGCAGAGGGGUUCAUUACGUUGCUUUUAUUUUGUACGACAAAAAACCUUUCUGAUAUUGGGAAACUUCAAACUCUUGUCGUGUGAAGUGAUGUCUGUGAAGUCAAGUGCACAUGAAACCAGAUUGGAUCUCCCACUUAAUCGUGUACAAGUCAAAGCCAUCUAGAUGACAACUGAAGUUGGAACUGUGAGUAACCUAAUCUGACCAACAUCAUUUAUAAAACUAGGAAUUGAUGUUCAAUAUGUUACUGCUUCUUAACAAAUUAUCAGUUUGGUGAAAUUAUGGUUGUUCUUACAAUCCUGCUGUGUUGUGAAGUGCUGCAUUACAUAGAACGCACAAUGAACCUUAAUCCGUAUGUACGCAAUAAAAUCUUCUCAAAACCAAAA